AUGGAAACGUCUCAAAACUCGCUGAAGAAGUAUUUUUCCAAAGUACCAAAAUCAAAUUUGGCCUCUCAUAAUCAACCUAAUCAGGAAGAAAAUGUCAAUCAAUCGGAAGUACCAUUGCAUUCUUCUCAAAGACAAGAAACUGAUUUAGAGAAUGCCAAUCAAUCGGAAGUACCAUUGCAUUCAUCUCAAAGACAAGAAAUUGAUUUAGAAUCUUUAGAGUACGAUCCGGUGAAAAGAACUCAAAUCUUGGACUAUCAUCCAAACGUUUGUGAUGUAAUUAGGAGAGCAUACAUUCGACAAGGUCCUUGUCAACCUGAGAAUCAUAUCUUUCCUCCAACAAAUUUUUAUGGAGAUAUGCGCCGUUUUAAUCCUAAAUGGUUUCAGGAAUAUCCUGAUUGGUUGGAGUAUAGCGUAAGUAACGAUGCAACAUAUUGUUUGUAUUGUUAUUUAUUUAAAGAUAGUAACAUUCAUCAAGGUGGAGGUGAAGUAUUUUCGACCAUUGGGUUUAAGAGUUGGAAUAAAAAGAAAAGUUUGUGGAUACACGUUGUAAGACUUCCUGUAAAUCAAGGAUUUGCAUUUCGGGGUUAUGAUGAGUCUAAAUCAUCACUUAAUAAGGGUAAUUUUCUUGAAAUUCUCUCAUGGUAUGCGAAACACUGUGAUAAAAUUCAUGAUUAUGUAUUGGAACAUGCUCCUCAGAAUGACCGAAUGACCUCUCCGAUGAUUCAAAAAGAUAUUGUGACUGCAUGUAAGAUAAAGACCAUCAAAGCUAUCAUUGAGGAAUUAAAUGGUGACUACUGUGCCUUAUUAGUUGAUGAAUCUUUUGAUGUGUCACGUAAGGAGCAAAUGGCUGUUGUUUUACGACAUGUUGAUCGAAAGGGAUUUGUGAUGGAGCGAUUGAUUGAUAUUGUACAUGUUCAAGAUACUAGUGCUUUAUCUCUAAAGAGUGCAACUGUCAAUUUACUUUCUCAACAUUCAUUGAGUCUAUCUUAUGUGCGCGGGCAAUGUUACGAUGGGGCAAACAAUAUGCAAGGUGAGAUAAAAGGCCUUAAAAAGUUGAUUAGGCAAGAAAGUUUCUCAGCACAUUCUAUUCAUUGUUUUUCUCAUCAACUUCAACUAACUCUUGUUGCGGUUUCUAAAAAAUGUAUUCAAGUGGGGGAACUUGUAUUAUUAGUUUCAAAUGUUUUGAAUGUGUUGGGAGCUUCUUUUAAGCGUAUGGAUAAAUUUCGAGAAUCUCAAAAAGAAAGAAUUCAAGAGGCAUUAGAUAUGGGUGAACUUACAAUAGGUAGAGGCUUGCAUCAAGAACUUGGUCUUAUAAAAGCUGAUGAAAGUGCUAAGGCAACAAGAUAUCUUGAAGCUUGUCAAACAUUUAAGAUUGCUUUUAUGUUGCAUUUGAUGAGAGAUAUCUUAGGAAUCACAGAUGAGCUUAAUAAAUCAUUACAAAAGAAAGAACAGGAUAUUGCAAAUGCUAUGCUGCUCGUUGAAGUAGCAAAGAGAAGGUUGCAAUCGUUUAGGGAGGAUGCCUGGGAUGAGCUUAUUGAUAAGGUAUCGACAUUUUGUAUUAGGUAUAACAUUUUGAUACCUAAUUUUGAUGAGCCUUAUGUUAACUCUGGAAGAUCACGGCGUAAACUUGCUGAUCAUACGAUCUUACAUCAUUAUCGUUAUGUUGUGUUCUAUAAAAUUAUUGAUUGGCAACUUCAAGAACUCAAUGAUCGUUUUAACGAGGUGACUACUGAUUUGCUUCAUGGAGUUGCUUGUUUGAAUCCGGUUGACUCAUUUUCUAGUUUUAACAUCAAGAACAUAAUGAGGAUGGCUGAAUUAUAUCCUGAUGAUUUUGAUGAAUUUAGUAGGGGUGCUCUUGAGAAUCAGCUUGCGACAUACAUUAUUGAUGUCCGUGAUAUUGAUGAAAGGUUCGCCAAUCUAAAUGGUCUUUGUGAUCUCUCAAGAAAACUAGUUCAAACGAAGAAGCACUUAAACUUUCCUCUUGUAUUCCGCUUAGUGAAAUUUUCUUUGCUUCUACCAGUUGCCACUGCAUCCGUUGAAAGAGCGUUUUCGGCAAUGAAGUUUAUUAAGACUGACCUGCGGAAUAAGAUGAAUGACGGACUUUUGAGCGGCUGCUUAGUUCCUUAUGUAGAAAAAGAUGUAUUUAUUAAUAUUUCUAAUGAUGCUAUUGUAAAAACAUUUCAAGAGAUGAAACCUCGUUGA